AAUUAUCAGUACCGGGUAGAUAGCCGGUGAGGCGGCGGCGUUAUGUGUUUUUAGUGACUUACGAUACGCGCGCCGCCUCUGCGUGAAUUUCUGUAAUUUUGUAAAUAAUUUUAUACAUUUACUACAGUUGUACUAUGUUAUAUUUGGUGGACUUAAUUUAUGUUAAGAACUUAAAAAAUAUUUAUAGGAGUGCUUCGUUAUUAUACAUAUUUUAUACAAACGACACUUACAUGAGUGAAUUUGUUAAUAAUUCAUAUUAAUAUAUAAAAUAAUUGUUGGAUUGUUAAAAAAACAUCAAUACUAGGUGAAAAAAUAUCAAACGCUAUAAAGUGCUAGUAUGUUGUGCGUGGUUAAUUAACGAAUUUAAUCGGUUAAUAUUGUAAAUUCCUAAAUAGGAGACUGUGAAAGUACGAGUUUUGAUGAUUUCAAAAUCGACAAUGGCGGAACGAGAGCGACCCGCAAAAACCCCCAUCAGGGUGGGAUUUUAUGACAUAGAGAGAACCAUUGGCAAGGGUAAUUUUGCCGUCGUUAAAUUAGCACGACAUCGAAUAACGAAGACUGAGGUAGCAAUUAAGAUAAUAGAUAAAUCACAACUAGAUGCCAGCAAUCUUCAGAAAGUCUACAGAGAAGUGGAUAUUAUGAAACGACUGGACCAUCCUCAUAUUAUUAAGCUCUAUCAGGUCAUGGAAACGAAGAACAUGAUAUACAUAGUCUCAGAGUACGCGAGCAAGGGAGAAAUCUUCGAUUACAUCGCGAGAUAUGGUCGAAUGGCAGAGCAAGCGGCGAGAAGAAAGUUUUGGCAAAUUCUGUCGGCAGUGGAAUAUUGUCACGAGAGGCGGAUUGUACAUAGAGACCUCAAAGCGGAGAAUUUGCUUUUGGACGCAAACAUGAACAUAAAGAUAGCAGAUUUUGGGUUCAGUAACUACUACGCCCAGGGAGAACUACUUGCUACUUGGUGCGGUUCUCCGCCUUAUGCCGCCCCAGAGGUCUUUGAAGGCAAGCGGUAUACAGGACCGGAAAUAGAUAUAUGGAGCCUCGGUGUAGUGCUAUACGUGUUAGUAUGCGGGGCACUGCCUUUCGACGGCUCCACACUACAAUCGUUGAGAGACAGAGUGCUCUCGGGAAGAUUUAGGAUACCCUACUUCAUGAGUGAAGAAUGUGAGUCACUCAUUCGUAAGAUGCUAGUACUGGAACCAAUGAAGCGAUACACUAUUGAGCAGAUAAAGAAACACAGAUGGAUGUCGACAGAACCGUAUGUGGUUCCAACCAUAUCUGGAGAUCCAAUGAGGAGUCCGGCUCAUGUGGCUCAUAGCCAUGAACCCAACGAGCAGGUGCUACGGCUUAUGCAAAGCUUGGGUAUCGAUCCCAUUAAAACUAAGGAGAGCCUUCGGUCGAACAGUUACGACCACCACGCGGCCAUCUACCUGCUGCUCUUGGAGCGGCUAAGAGCCAGGGCCAGCCUCAGUGAGCGAAGGCCUACGCGCAGACCCUCCUCAGUCGCGGACCAGGCGCUGGCGAGGGACCUUCAGGAUAGGCGGGAGCAUCACAAUAGAUUACUACACAGUGGCGAACAGAGAGACUUCAACAGAACAAACAUGCCUGCAACUUCUGACUCAACUUCAGAAACUCAGCGUCUUUUAUCCCUUGCCGGGGUCAACAUGACCGAGCAAAGACUGCUUCAGAGAAAUUCUGACCCCUCAGACACACACAGAAGUUUCCUAGUCAACGACCGAUCGCACGAAUCUGAUUCCACAAGACUUCUCUCUAUGAGAAACGUUGACGUGGCACAAUCGAACCAACGGCUAGGAACCAAGCUCAACGAUACUCCCACGCAUAAACUUCUCACUUCAACAUAUGAGCAACAACAGAACAUACUAAAACAAUCCAGUGAAGAUUGCCGACGGCUUUUGCAACAGUCGACGACAGUUGGCCCUGACCCCAAGACAGCAGACGGAAGGCUGUUAACAUCGUCCAGCUUCGAUUCUAAAUGUGCAAUUGAUUGCGGAAGAACGUCUGCAGCUGAUAAUAAUGCAAUUGCAAAUUUUCUCCAAAACUCCGCUUCGGCAACUAAUUUCAACUUGGAUUCCAUGAAGAUGCCUAAUUCCACUACAUUCACCAUGUGCUCUGAAGCUGCGAAACUUAUGAACACAUUGCAGCAGUCUCCCUUACCCCUUAAGGGUACUGUCAAUUUAAGCACUAGCCCGAUUCCGUCUCAGUUUACUGAUACUAAACUGAGUAGUGUGUUAGAACAGCCGAAACCCCUUGAAUCGAGUAGGCUCGUCGCCGCCCAAGAUAUGAACAGGUUACAAACGAGCACGCCGCCAUUCAAAGACUACAUAAAUCAUAUCCCCUCCUACUCAUACCUACAAAAUACAUUGCCACAAAUGCCUCCCGAAAGUAAUUUGUCAGCUGCGAGUGAACUUUACCAGAAUACUCUGUACAGACCUGAUAGUAAAUUCUCUUUAAAUAGAUACACGACCGGACAAACAUAUACCCAGGCUCUGCCUGGUACAUCAAGUGAUGCGACAAAAUUUCAGCAGCAAUAUUCCUCCUCCACAGACGAAGGUUGCGAAACAGAUAUGGAGGAUGUGAACGCUUCAAGCGGGGUCCAAAACAGAUUAAGUUCCUACGCUAGCUCCAGCUCCAGCAGCGGUGUAGUUACGUUUUUUAACAAUAAGAGCCUAAGUCAAAAUUUGAGUUGUGAUUCAUCGCAGAGCAACUUCUCUGCGUUCGAAAGUAUCGACUAUCAACUCUCCGAUUGCUCGAGCGAACUUGCUAGCAGUUUACCAAGUUGUACGUCCAACGAGGACAGAUUGUCGUAUGAGAACAGCUCUCUCGUAAAUACGAGUCCAAUGCAUCCGUGUGUUUAUAUAUCGUCGUACAAUAAUAAAACGGCCGGCACCGGAUUUAUAGCGCGACAUAAUCCUCUUAACUACCAAUCCACUAAUAAAAGUUGUCCUCGAGCGAUAACUAGGAGUCCGGUCGAUUUUAGAGAAGGUCGACGAGCAAGUGAUGGGUUAGUGGCACAACAAGCCGCACAACCCGACGAUGCCCAGAAAAAUAGUUUGGCAUUCAACAGUCAAAAAUUAAAUGAGAAUUGCAAAGCGAAAGGUGUUCUAGAACUGCACUUGGUACAAAAAGAGGCUCAGAAACUGAAAACUCAGUACCAAUCGACGAUACCAGCAGAGGAAAUGACUCAGCGGCAAAUUCAGCAUAAUCAAUUCGCCGCUUCGUUCACAACAUACUUAGAUACCAAAAAUCCUACACCAAAGCGAAUUAGUCUACCUGAAUCCUUCAAUUACUCGAGCACGUCGCCCCCAAUGCCGGCAAGUCCGAAAAUGGUCGCUCAAUUGCAAGAGAAUUCAGAGUUGACACACGGCGUGUCUGUUCCUCAAGUCAAGCCGCCUUUGCAACAACAGCUCAUGCAACACAGGCUUUUCCAGCAAAAACGUCAAUUACUUCAAAAGCAAAUGACUCCACCAAAUGUUCCCGUUCACGAAAUGACCGCUCUACAUAAUAUACAAGUUGGUUUAAGCAGGCGGCAGAUGCUUCGUCAACAGAGCUAUAAAAUUGCCCAACAGCAACCGGUCUUACCACCUUUACCUUUGACUGAAUCAGAAAGUAGAGAUUUACUAGCAUUUCAGGCAAUAGUGGAAGACCCUAACAGAGUGAAGCACAAAGUUGAGGACGAAGAAGAUGCCAAAUUCUACCAAGGUUCAAUGGAAAUAAAUAUAAUGAAGGAUAGAUUGGGUAACGAGAAUUGGUCCAAUUUGCCAUCUAGUCUUCAAACCGCCUGUCAGAUUUCCGAGCUGUCCAGGCGUGACGUGAAAGACUCUCAAGAAGGAGAAAGUUCCUUGGACGCUCCACUGUGGCCAGGACAAUGGAAUGCCUCACUGUUUCCACCACAGACUUGCUUUCAGCCCAGCUGGCAAGGCCAUAGUCUGCCGCCCAACACCAAUAUGUUACCGCUUAGUGAAAGUCCGAUUCUGGAACUUACUGAACAAAUGGAGUCAAUAUAAAGUAUAUUUUUUGUAGACUUAACUUUGCAGUUUCUAUUAGCAAUCGCUAUCUAGGAGUGGACAAAGACAUCCUAAGACAAGCUAUAUUAUCGAUUUUCUUUUGUCUAUUUAUACAAGUUCAUUGGCAAAUAAGUUGGAGCGAACCAUUACUCACCAUACAAAAGUUACAUGCUAAGUUUUUGAAUCUUACUAAGAGUAAGGUCUACAGAGACCUAAGAGUUUAGUCAGUUUCGAAAUAUCUCUCAUUCGUCCUAUGACAUAAAAAAGAUUUUCUUAGCGCCCCUGAAUCUUACCAUAAAUGUAUUAAAUUUUUGUAGUUCGCGAUCAUACUCCUAGAUGGCGUUGUAUACAGAAAAUUUUCCUAUUUUAACGACCAUUUAAAUUAGUUUUAAUUAAGGACGUUCUUUGAAAUGUGAUUCAAUACAUUCCGUUACAUUAGUAUUACUGUUUGUUACAUAUUUAGAAAUAAAUAUACCGUUAUUUAAGACACUAAAUAAGUAGAAAUAUAUGCAUAAUCAUCACAAUGUGUAAACAUAACAUUGCACUAAAUACAAAAAAAACAUACCCUUUCCCGUAAAGGGGUUCGGUUAGGUAUAAAACAAUGAGACAAUAUUAUAAAUUAGUAUUAAUAAUAAUAAUCACGUAUUAAUUCGUUUGUAAGCAUUUUAAGUAAAUAUUUGUGGUGGCUGUUUGAUAUUGCCAAUGUCAGGCGAAAAUGGCGCGAAUAUUAUAGUGAUAUUUCACCAGUUACCACAAUUUUGUUAUCUAUGCGAUACCUUGUAAAUAAUAAUCUACCUCCUAAAGUUAUAACCGUUAGUUUUAGGCAACAAGACUGAAUUCUGUGUCAAUUCAGAAUGCUAUGCGUCUUUCUAUCAUCUAAAAAACGAACGGGGUAAAAAAAUAAUGUUGGCAACACUGUUAGAAUUUCCAACGAAUUGGUUACUGCUUAUGAAAACUACUAAAACUUAUAUUCCUUGUUAGACAGUUUUGCCGUGAUAUUGUAAUUUACACAACGUUGUAUUUGCUUAAAACUUUUUUUACACAAUAUACACGAUUGAAAGGGACCGGACCGAUAACUGUCAAAGCUCAACAGUGUUGCCCUCAUAACUGAGCUUGUUUUAAUCCCUAUUAAUGUUAUAAUGAAAAGAUAUUAACAAGGGUAAAUAAAACGAAACAAGUUACAUCGAUUUUUAACACGAUAACCACGAAACCAAUCAUUACAACAAACUGGAAUAAAAUCAAGAGUAAAUUGCUAAUUUACUUCAAAGAUGAAGCUAGCUAAUAAUGUAGCCGUGUGAUGUUAAAGUUCUGUAGUUCUUUUGUAGUUUCAAAAUAAUAUAGACAUAUCAAAGUAUCUUAGAUCAUAACUGGUUAAAAAUUUGAAUUGGCUUCAAAAGUAACCAAGAAAUAGUUGCAGCGUUGAGCAAAAUGGCGGUUCCUUAGUACUUUAAAUUAAAAUAGACACUAUACUCAGACUCGUUCAUUAAAAAUACAAUUAUUUUACAAUAGAAACAAUGACAGCUAAACUGCUCUCACUGCCCUUUGCCUCCUUAAACCAGCCGUCAACUCAUUAGACAUGUACUUUCGAAGGUGAGUUGCACCGUUCUUUAGUUAUAUAGAGAUAUUUUUUUGAACGAUUCUGAGUACGGCCAGUUGAUUUAAUUCCUAAAUGUAAUGUCAAUUGACCUUCAUUACAACUAUGUAAUUAACGUAAUACAUACAAUAGUCCUUUCGGAUUAACAGGCGUAUUUUACUAGUAAACAAAAAAAACCACCAACACGUCCUAUACAUUGAAAUAUCUAUAAUAAAUAAAUUCGAUUAAACAUUUUUUUUCAUACUAACAGUAUUACGAAUUCAGGUGAUUUCAGACAAAAUGAUUCUUAUAAUAAACGAAGCUUUAUCAAACCAUAACAAUAACUUACAUUCGUAAGUAUUUAAGCGUGUAUCUUUUUUAGCAAACGUAGUGUAGGUGUUUGGAAGCUUUUACACAAUUAGACAAAUAUUGCCAUUGUAUUAUAAUCCGUCAUUCAGCAUAUUAAUAGUCAAUUUUAUAAAUUAAUCAAUGUAGCAUACCGAGUAGCUUUGUAACUGCUUGAACACCCAUCUUAUUCAUACACUAAGCCUCCGUUAUUGUAUGUUUUGUCCCUAUCACUCUCUUUUCACUUUACAAUAGAAACGUGACAAAACAUGGGGCAUAUGUUUAUGAAUACGACUGCCGGACUUCUUUAAGAAAUCUUUUGUAAUAAUUUGUUGAUGGAUAUUUAAACACUAGCCAAUCGUCACGUAAGCAAUAAUAAGAUAAGGUUUUGGCAUUAGUUUGGAAAUUUGUCUGCAUUUUGGGUGUAUUUUUUGUGCUAUUUUGGUUGUGAUACGAAAGUUUGU